CAACCCGAAGCCUAAGAACGCCAGCCAUUCUGUGUGAUUUACUUGCAAUGAUUGAUGCAUCCGUUUAUACCACAUCCCUGCUGAGCCGUUGACUACAUCACACGGCAGUCAUGGUUAUUUCAGUGGACGCCUCCAGAAAUAUUUUUCUCCUCUAAAUUCGGUUCGCACGCGCACGUCCCCUCUCACCGCGUGCGCUGCCUCGCGACCAGCGAGCGAGAGACUCGGCGCUUCCUCCCCGGUCGAACGGCGGCAGGAGGAUGCCACUGUGCUGGACGGCGUAUUUGUCCUCGGUGGUUUAUUAAGAUUUUAAUUAGACGAUAACACACGUUUGAGGUUUACGACAGACCGGCUUGGGAGCGACGCUAAACACACCGCUCCGAUUAUGGAAAAGGAGUGCAGGUUUGAGGACCUCUGAUCAUAUAGGCUUGCCUGGUGGCCAAUCAGGCAACAGCCAGGCUCACUAAGGAGGGAGACAUACAGUGUCACUGGGAGACGUUUUUUUGAGCACACGUGCACUGCUUCACCCACCUCACGCCAAUCUCGGCGUCAUGUCUAUCCCCAGCGGCAGCCCGGAAAGAGAGGGCUCUGGUGGGGCUCCCCCUCAGCUGGAGUGCCCUUCCUCCCCACCUGGCAUGGAUCCAGAUCCCUCAUCGAAUGGCAGCCCUGUGCUCAGCCCAGACUCCUCUUCCCACGAUGCAGUGCUGUCAGCACCUGCAGCCUCCCCAGCAGACUCCGAGAACCUGAGUCCUGAUGAAUUGGAGCUGCUAGCCAAACUGGAGGAGCAGAACAGGUUGCUGGAGGCUGAUUCCAAGUCCAUGCGGUCAAUGAGUGGCUCGCGACGCAACAGUGGCUCCUCGCUGGUCUCCAGCUCCUCGGCCUCCUCAAACCUGUCGCACCUGGAGGAAGACACCUGGAUCUUAUGGGGCCGCAUCGUCAACGAAUGGGAGGAGUGGAGACGCAAGAAGGACAAACUCCUGAAGGAGUUGAUCAGAAAGGGCAUUCCUCAUCAUUUCCGGGCCAUCGUGUGGCAGCUUCUGGGCAACGCCACAGACAUGCCAGUGAAGAACCAGUACUCUGAACUGCUGAAGAUGUCCUCCCCCUGCGAGAAGCUGAUCCGCAGAGAUAUCGCCCGCACCUACCCUGAGCACGAGUUCUUCAAAGGCCAGGACAGCCUCGGGCAGGAGGUCCUCUUCAAUGUCAUGAAGGCGUACUCUCUGGUGGAUCGAGAGGUGGGCUACUGCCAGGGCAGCGCAUUCAUUGUUGGAUUGCUUCUAAUGCAGAUGCCAGAGGAGGAGGCCUUUUGUGUUUUUGUUCGUCUGAUGCAGGAGUAUCGCCUGAGGGAGCUCUUCAAGCCCAGCAUGGCAGAGCUCGGUCUCUGCAUCUACCAGUUUGAAUAUCUGCUACAGGAGCAGCUUCCAGAGCUGAAUGUCCAUUUCCGGUCCCAGAGUUUCCACACUUCCAUGUAUGCCUCCUCCUGGUUCCUCACGCUUUUUCUCACCUUUCUCCCUCUUCCUGUCGCCACACGCAUCUUUGAUAUUUUCAUGUAUGAGGGCCUAGAGAUUAUCUUCCGUGUAGGCCUGGCAAUCCUGCAGUACAACCAGACUGACCUCAUUCAGCUGGACAUGGAGGGCAUGUCACAGCAUUUCCAGAAGGUGAUCCCCCACCAGUUUGACAGCUGCCCAGACAAGCUGAUCCUCAGGGCCUACCAGGUCAAAUACAACCCCAAGAGGAUGAAGAAACUUGAGAAAGAAUACACCACCAUCAAGAACAAAGAAAUGGAGGAGCAAAUUGAAAUUAAGAGGUUACGCACAGAAAACAGGCUGCUGAAGCAGAGGAUCGAAACCUUGGAGAAGGAGAGUGCUGCUCUUGCAGACAGACUGAUACAGGGUCAGGUGACAAGGGCGCAGGAAGCAGAGGAGAACUAUGUGAUCAAGCGAGAGCUGGCGGUGGUGAGGCAACAGUGCACCACAGCUACCGAGAGCCUUGAGAAAGCACAGGACACCAUCCGAGAGCUACAACAACAGAGGUACACAGAGCAGUUUGUGAGCAAUCUGCAGACCCAGCUGGAGCAGUCGAGGCUCCGCGAGGCCGAACUACUCGGAGCUCUGAAGGAAAUGCAAGACAAGGUGCUCGAUCUGGAAAAGAGGAGCAGUUGCCUGCCAGAUGAGAACAACUUGGCGACCCUGCAGGAAGAAGUGAAGCAAAUGAAGCUGAGGGAGCUGGAGACGCUGCGCUCAUUCAGGGAGAUGCAGGAGGCUGUCACUGAGCUGAACCAGCGCUGGCAGCAUCAUAUGUCCCGUAGCAGCAGCACCGGUGGUGGGGGCGGGCACUGGAAGGAAUCGCCGAAGAAGAACGCCAUGAAUGAGCUGCAGGACAAACUGAUGACGGUUAGGCUGAGGGAGGCUCAAGCCCAGGCGGAGCUCCGAGAGGUUAAACUUAAAGCCCUGCAGCUGGAGAGUCAGAACCAGAUCCACAGCAAACUGAUCGGACGCAACGACCAGGAACGCUCUGCCCUGCAGGACCGACUCCAGAUGGUGGCCAAUCAGAACAAAGCUCUGCAGGCCCAGCUCAACGAGAUGAAGAGGAAGCAGGCCGAAUCAGACUGCAAGAGUAAAGAGGAGGUGAUGGCAGUGCGACUGAGGGAAGCUGACAGUAUGGCUGCGAUGGCUGAACUCAGGCAGAAGAUCGCUGAACUUGAGAUUCAGAAGGAGGAAGGGCUGAUCCAGGGCCAGCUGAACCACUCUGACUCCAGGCAGUACAUCAACCAGCUCCGGGACCAGAUCGCCGAGCUCAAGAACGAGAUCAGGCAGCUGCGGGGACAGAAGGCGACCCCCAGCUCCAGGGUCACCGGUGGAGGGGGAAGUACCAACUACCAGGAUCUCUGCCUGGCCAGCCCCGCCUCCGCUGAGGGGGACUUCCUCAGCUCAGAUGAGGACCUCCUUCCCAGCCCACUGCCGGCCACCGCCCUCUACCCCAGUCUUUCCGGCCAAUGUCACCCGUCUCCACGCCUCGACAGCGAGGGCAGCACGGACAGCGAGGCAGAGGAGCGGGUGCAGACGCAUCCGGACCCACAGCAGCUUUAUGGCAGCAUCGUGUGCGCCGAGGCAUUGGAUAACUGAGACCUGGGGAGGGUGCUGAGAUCCCCCAUGACCUAAAGAGACGCUGGAACUGGGAUUGUAGUAUCCAGUCAAGUCCUCCUCCUCGGCCUCUCCAGUCUUUAUCUUUUACUUGAUGCAGAAAUAGUGGCAUUGAUUGGACCUCUGCUGAUCAUCACUACCUGUCGUCUCUGCUCCUCGUUACUGUCUCCAACACCUGUUUCCCACACUGUCGCUCCCUGACAAAGAGCUUACGUACAGCCUCCCUCCUCAUCCCCACGUGUAACUGCGCCACAGACUGUGAAAAUACACAUCCAUCAAAAACAUGAACAAAUCGCAUACGAACAAAAUGUACCGCUCGCUGCUCAAAAUCUACCACUGGACCUGAAUCUGUGACUGUGGCCACGAGUGAAAGACGAGUACACACAGAAGGAAAAUCCUUCCUCCCUCUAAGUUGAGUAAAAGACAUGACGCACUGUAUACUCUGGCCACCACUAUACGACUCUUCUCCCUGAUUAGUUCAGAGUUAAAUACAUCCUUAACCUCCCUUUUCGCCCUCAUCCAUCUUCACUGCCUUUAAAAGAAACUUCUAGCCGCCAUCUUGUUCACCUCUGUGUUUUUUAAAAAGAAAAAAACAAGAAAGACAGAAAGGAAAAAGAAAUUUAAGUGGUGAUGAUUAUGCGAAGAAGUGGUCCGGAGCAGGAAUACGCACACAUCUGUAUCAAACUCUACAGGCAUAUCAUGUAAAGGCAUUCCUAAAUGAACCCUUAGCAUACUGAAUACUUGUGUUGCCUCUGUGUGGCCUGCAGAAGGCAAGUGAGUUACAUGCACAACCGUUCAUGUUCACAGCAACCCACAAAAAGGAAGAAACUCAGUGUUGCCAAAUCUUUUUGUUUGUUUGUUUUUUUUAUGUGUUGUAAUUUAUUUUGAUAUUGUUGAAUUUUUUUAAUAUAUCUAUAUGAAACUUGUAGGAGUGUAGACAUACUGAAAGAGGCCAAACUUUCUACACCGUCCUUUGUGCCAACUAGAGUCAUCUGUCACGGGCUCACUGUGACACACGCCGAGUGCUUCAGAGACAGAAAAUGUGCUGCUAUGAUUUCUGACUUAUUUCCUCCAUUAUUUUAUUUUUUUGUUCUGUUAUUUUAUUUUUGUCAGUUUUGUGAGGUUACCAUCCAACCUCCAGAUUAACUCUAUAUCGAUGUAGAUUACUACUUGGAGUAAUGUCUAAAAAACUGAAUGGUUUAACUUUGUCCCAGAAGCUUUUCAAUUUUUAACACCAGACUCUGUUGGGAGUACUUCAACAUAUUGGCAAAUGCCUUUAUUCCCUGUCAGACUGAGACCGAGAUGAGACCACUCUGAUAUCUGUGUAAAGCUACAACUAGGACGGGGUUGGCUGACUUCACGCACAGCUUUGUUUUUACACUUGAGCUUUUCUAUGGAUUCAAGUACGACUGCGUAGCGUUUGACAGACACGCAAAAACAAUACCAUUAGCAAUCUGGUCACCAGUAAUAUCGAUUAUAUUUGCAAAUAUGGACUAGUUGUCAGCAACUCAGCAUACUAAACCAAGUAGCUAAGGCUGUAGCUGCUAAUAAACUCUUGAGAGUACUGAAAGUCAGACUUCUUCACAUUUGGACAGCCCUGAGCUUAUGCUGUGCUAACCAGUUUCCAUUACUUAGCUUUCAUAUUCAACACAGAAAUGAGAGUGAUUUCAGCCCCCUCAUCAAAUUAUUCCAGGAAAAAAAGUAGAUAAACCCAGGUAAUCUGGCUCUUAUCGCCAGUGUGGGCCGAUGACUGCAGAGGGUCGUUUCCUCGGCAAAGGUCGUCAGUAUCUUCACGACAGGAGAGAGCGUGGGGAGAAAAACGUUUAACAUAUCAAACAAUAUAUUCUAUUUAAAAAAAUGGCUGUAAAAUGAAUGGAAACAUAUGAAAUAUACUGUGUGACAGGAACACAUAGAUGAUAUUUAAAGCUGUACUGGAGUGUGUAUAGUUUAUCAAACAGGGUGUUAUAUCUACAGAGCAGUGAUCUUUGCUUUUUGCACUACAGAGAAAGACAGACUCCCAGCUUUGUGGCGCUGAGCCGUGAGAGCUGGUGUGGAUUCGUGGAGUCGCGGUGGGAUCAUUUUUCAACAUAUGCAUUUCUUCAGAGGGACCUUAAAGAUAAAGUCUUUGUCUUGUGUUUCUUCCCUCUAUGGACCAACUGUCUCUAAAUCCUUUAGAGGCUUUCUGCUUCAUAACAAAGCAUAUUUUAUGUAAUGCAAAUCUAAAACGAGCAGAGCGUUAUUGUCAUCCUCUCAGAAAUUAGGAAAUUGAAUCUUCCAGUAAUGGCCUUCAAAGAACUAAAGAGGAUGUCAGUUUGCCCACCAUACUGUUGCAAGUAACAGCUUUUUAGUGGUCACUGAUGGUUGUGGCAACUGAAAUCUCAACCCUGGAAUCACUGCUAAGAUAUUGUCAAACCAAAAUGACCGUUGUACAAGCAUUUCAGUUUUACAAAUUUGCAUCUGCUCUGUUUAGCAUGAGAGUUGGACCCUUGUGUGUGGCCUGCAGAAGGCAAGUGAGUUACAUGACAUGAGACUUUGCAUCAUCUCAGACUAAAUUUCAUACAGAAGGUCAUAAUCCAAAAGAUUUUUUUGAUAUAUCGGGCCCCCUCUAUAGGGAUACUUUGAUUUCAGUGCAUUUAUAUAAUGCAAUUAGCCCUUUUUUUCAUUAUGGAAGACAUAAAAGGCCGUUCUGUAAAUGGAAAAUAAUCUCGAUCUGUUAGAGGCUUAAAAUGCGAGCAACCAUGAAUAAUUAGAUUUAUCAAGAAUCACACAGAGGCUAUAAUUUUCCUCAAAUAAAUGCACGGAAUACCCUCAUUUUUAUGACUGCUUUUCAUGAUUUGAGGUUUAAACUGCAUUAAAAGAUGUAUUAAAAGAAGUUUAAGCUUCUUUUAAUACAUUAUCUUACUGCACCUUUGGGAGCAGUGUAAUAAUAUAUAACUGAAAAAUUAGCUCCUAAAAAUAUUGGCUGAAAAUUAUCAUUAAUUUCCCUUUUUAUUGAUGAAUUUCUGGGCAUUUUGUUCAAGUUUGCACCACAUCUUGAGGAAAAUCUGUCUAAUAUUUACUUUCUUCUUCAUUAAUGAAUUAAACAUACUUCAGACUUAACUUAAACCUAACCUACCACAACUAAAAUCUUUAGGAUUUUAUUACAGUUUGUAUUUCAGUCCAAAAGAACCCCAAAAAGAAAACACAAACUAAUUGAAGGAAGGUUGAAUUCAAGAACUUUCCAUAAUUAACCAAAAAUAUGGAUCAGUAAAUUAGGGUCCAUCAACACAUCUGUACACAGCUGUUCAGUAAUGGUGCUUCUGUUCUCACUUCUGUCUGAAUUCAGCUCUUACCUACUGUGACGAAGCAUUUUGAUAUGUUUGUAAAUCAGUUUUGAAUACGGUACUAGCCUUCAUCCUUCGUGUUGGGUUUUUAGAAUUCUCAUCCGUAGCUCGUCCCGCUAACAGCGUUACACGUGAAGAUGGCGAUUAAACGUCACGAUGUGCCAUAAAAGUAGAGAGAUUUACACACGUUGUUGCUUUACGUCACACUGUGUUACUCCUGAAUCAUCAUCUUAAAACUGGAACAUCCGCCACAUGUUUUCCCUGAUUCGAAGCAGAAAAAGAAAUAAACACAGCGAGAGUUUCUCUUGUCAGAUGGUGUCAGUCUGGCCUAUAGUUUGUCAGUUUUAUGUACUGUAUGUGACGACUGUUUGAGAUCCACAGCCGCAUCAUUCAUCAUCCACCCUCUCUCUCGCUCUCUUUUUCUCUCUCUCUCUCUCUCUCUUGCAGUUCAGCUGAUGUUGUCAAAUAUAUUAAAUGACAGUAAAAAUUAUAUAAAAUUCCAGUAUGAUGGGGAAAAAUACAUUUCAGUGUUCUGUAUCCUACGAAUGAUACAAAAUAAACUUUGACAUUGCACCUUU